ACUCGAUCCUCUCAAGCGGCCAUAUAGCAUAGCCCACACCACACCACUAACCCCAAAGCAUCAUCGUCAUCGUCAACCUUAUCGUGCACAGUUAUUGACACCCGAAAGGGGCAGAGAUCCAUUCCGAUCCAUCCUGCGAAUUUUCUGCCCCGCCCAACCAAGAACCAGAUCAUCAUCAAUCGAGAUCGCUAGGGCAUAUAUGCAGGCAUAUAUGGAGGGAGGCCAGUUGAGUGCUUGCCUUCCUGGCUUCCUUGUGCCGGAUCACUACGCCUUCCCUCUUCCUCUCCCGCUACAACUUCCUAGCAGCCAAAACAAGCUUUUCCAGAUGCCGUUUGUAGUUGACCAGGAAGCAGAGACCGAAAACCAUGGCGGCGGCGGGAUGCUCUCCUCCGACCAUUGUGGACUAUACCCGCUGCCGGCACUGCCCUUCGGCAGCUGCUCCGGUGCCGCCGGCGCCGCAACAGCGUGCGGUGGGAAGCCUACGGCCGGUUUCAUGCCCAGUGCUAUUGUCGCUGAGGAGGUCUGCACCUCGGUGACUACUAAAUUAGGUUGCAACGACAGUAAUGGCACAUGGUGGAAGGGUUCGGCAGCUACAACGAUAGCGGAGAGAGGGAAGAUGAAGGUGAGGAGGAAGAUGAGGGAACCGAGGUUUUGCUUCCAGACCAGAAGCGACGUGGAUGUACUGGAUGAUGGCUACAAGUGGAGGAAGUAUGGGCAGAAGGUUGUCAAGAACAGCCUCCAUCCAAGGAGCUAUUUCCGGUGCACUCACAGCAACUGCCGCGUGAAGAAACGGGUGGAGCGGCUGUCGACGGACUGCCGCAUGGUGAUGACCACGUACGAGGGCCGCCACACGCACUCUCCCUGCAGCGACGACGCUUCCUCCGCCGACCACACCGAUUGCUUCACCUCCUUCUGAUGAUCAAUCUGUCUAUCUGUCCCACGACCGCAUAUAUACAUCGACGACGCUAGCUGUAAGUUCUGAUGAAUUGAAGCAGCAAGGUGAUCGAGGGCAAUAUAUAUAUUGAUGAUCUCGAUCUUCAGUUUUGCCGGAUGAUAUAUAUGGAUCGGAUGACACAGAACGUGAUCGAUGAACCCGGCCGUCUCAUGCAUGCGUACUACUCAUGUCCGUAUAUAUGUAAUCCGGUCGAUGUGGUAUGAUCAUCCGCCAACCGUACCCGUGCAAAUGAUCCAUCCGUCGAUGUAAGCGGUCAUGUAGUAUUAUAUCAAAUAAAGCACACUUUUUUUUUCACUUAGAACGAUUUGUACUACCGAGGGACGGAGCAAAAAGAGUAUUGUUUUAGAAUUUUAGAUUUA